CAAGGAGAGAUGGAAGUUGGCUGUAUACCUAGGUAGGUAAAGAUGCGAUUAGUAGCGAGAGGGGCAAAAGAGAGGGAGGACAAGAGAAGCCGGGAAUUGUGGGCUUAGUAGCCUUUACAUCGCACCGGCCCCGGUUAUAAACGUUAUGCGCUGUCGGUCGAGUGUAAGCCCAACGCGUGAGCCAACAGGUAACUAGGGGAUGCCCUGUUACGGCUCGGGAUGUCUCCGGAGGAUGGCAGUUCAUUGGUAUACGGCUAAACGAUAUUGGGAACCUGUUCCGCGGGCGAGGGGCCGCGCUGCUAUUCUUACCUUUCCUAGUCGGUCACGUCGCUCGCUCGUCUGUUAUUCCGCAGCCAAGCGAGCGAACCUCGAGAAGGUCGUCUUUCUGGCUGUCCGCCUAAAUUCUUUGUAUUGCCGUCUCGCCUUUGUCCCCGCGAGGAUAGUAAGCUGCUGCUGUGCGUCUUCGGUACUACAUAUAUUACUUGUGGGCUUGUUGCAGGUUAGGCGAGUAAAUGGUUGGCUGGAGGAGCAAUGUCAGCGGGGUUAUCUUGGUAAACGUCUUGAUGGUGUUGCUUCCACUUGGAUACGGACACGGAGAAACCCAGGAAGCUCCCCUUUUUUUUCGUCACCAACCCCUCCUCUCUCUCUUUCUCUCUCUCUGAUGAUGGUGAUGAUGAUCAGCACUUGCGGCAUGAGGUGACGAAUCGCUAUGACGCAGGCCCAGUUAACGAGACCACACCCCGUCGAGACCCUUCUUAGGGACGCGCAACUCCCACUAGGUAUCGUCCAUCCUCUCCAAUUCCCCGACACAGA